AUGGGUCAGAUAGCACAACAAAUAACAGGUUCUCGAGCACAAGGUUCCCUCCCAAGUGAAACAGUACAAAAUCCUAGAAGUCAUGAGAAUGUUAAUGUUGUCACGACAAGAAGUCAGAAAGGUUUUAAAGAUGAAGAAGAGAGGGCAACAAAGGGUGACCAUGUCAUGGAGAGAGUGACAAAGAAGGAUCCAAGAGAGACAAACCUUGAGAAAUUCAUCACAGUGUUCAAAAAGAUUGAUAACAAUAUGCCUUUCUUUGAAGCACUCGAGCAAAUGCCCAUGUACAAAAUAUUCAUGAAAGAGGUAAUCACUGAAAAGAGACCAAUAGAAGAUGGGUUGGUAGCCUUUAAUGAAAAGCGUAGUGAAAUAUCACCAGGUAGGAGAAUCCCAAGCAAGCAGAAGGAUCCUGGAGAGGUCACAAUCCCAUGCACUAUAAAAGACAUAUCUUUCAAGAAGGUACUAAUUGAUUCUAGAGCCAGUGUGAGUCUAAUUCCAUUGUCAAUCUACCAAAGGCUUGGUCUUGGAAAUGUAUGUGAUACAAGGACAAAUAUGAAGUUUGCAUAUCACUCCAUAAAGAAUGCAUAUGGGAUAGCGGAAGACAUAUUGGUGACAAUAGAGAAAUUUAGUUUUCCCGUUGGUUUUGUGAUCAUAGACAUACCCGAGGAUGAAGUGACACCAAUCAUUCUUGGUCAACCAUUCAUGCGGACAAGUCGAUGCAAUUUCGACAUAGACCACAAUACACUAACUUUAAAAGUUUAUGAUGAUGAUGAAAUAACCUUGAAUGUUCUUGAAAUUAGGAAGCUAGAGGUGGAAAAAGAAAAUCACUAUGAAGUAGGCAUGAUCAGGACAGAUGUGAAAGGCCAAAGUGACAUGCCAACAUCAGAAAAAAGACUCAAGAGGGCCAUCUCAACUGCUUUCACCUCAAUGAGCAACCCCGAGUGA